AUGUUAGCAGUCAACUAUCCUGCCACACAGCCUGCUGCCGAGGACCAACUUCUCUUAGGAAGGUAUCGGCAAGAGUCUGAGAUUUUUCGUGGCAAAUACUCACACAUAUUCUGUAUGAAAGACAUCACGUCGCAGCGGCAAUUUAGCUGUAAGAAGUUUCCACUUGCAAAGCUGACAAGCCACCAGAUUGAGCUCAUUCGUUACGAAGCAGCCUUGGCCCAGAAAUCUACAUUUCCGGGACAGAUGAAAUACAGCAGCGUAGUCUUGGACCAAAAAGGUGGAAACCUUGCUGCUCUUGUAGAUCUACAUAAGUACGGAGACCUGCGAACCCAGUUGGAUACUGCUAUUAUGGACGACUUCUUUUUCUCCGAAGACACCAUUUGGAUGAUCGCCACUCAACUCAUUAAGUUCUUGGCAGACUACUCAUCUCAGACAGCCACAAAAGACAAAGUUCUCCUGGAUUUGAGGCCGUCUUGCAUAUAUAUUAGCGAAAUGGGCUUUGUUCUCGUGGACACAGUUCGACUAGCACGUUUUGAUAUAUUUCCGGAGUCAGCUGACUACGAGACCCCUUGUUAUAAUGCCCCAGAGCUCUUAGCAGGUGCUAGGCCUUUCCACACUAUGGACAUCUGGUCACUAGGCGCAACGCUCUUUGAGCUAUGCAUGCGCAGACCAUAUGUUACUGGCUGGACAAGACAGCAAGUGCUAGAACUAAGUCUUGCACCUCCCAACAUAACGGUUGAACUAACAACCAAUCCAGCAAACACAAAGUUUAAGUAUUCAAGAAAGUUGUCAGACUUCAUUACAGACCUUUUGAAUCCACGCCCAGAAAGGCGGCCCAGCACCGAUGACCUUAUUGCACGCCCCCCAAUAGCUGAGCUAAUGAUUACAUAUAAGGAGCUCUUGCGGGUCCAUUACUAUAAGCGCAAACCACGUAUAGCCCGAAUGAGUACCUGUGCAUGUGGAGGAAAUAUGGACGAUUGCUGUGGCUAUCGCCGGUACCUAAAGAAACUUGCUGCAGAACCCCCGUAUUCACAUAAUGUUUCCUAUACGCGUGUUGCAAAUUCAUCUGGGAAUACUUACACUAUUGUUAACAACUGGAUAUCUAAGCAGGGCAAAGGGCAUCAUCGUCGCUACAUGCUCAGCAAAGUGUUUGCAGAGCCACGCACGCGGCCCCUCGGAGCUAGGCGCCCUAUCCAGUAUAAUCAGAUAAGUGAGCAACCAUCAGUCUUUAGCGACAAUGCAAACCUGCUUCAAGGCAGCUCUAUCUCUAGUUUCAGUCCCACUGCUAGCUUUUCUUCAAGUGGCUCGGUAUCAAUGAACGAACAGCCGGUACAACAGUCUUCAUUCCCGAGCAGGCACUCUCAGGAAAUCACUGUCGACGAUAAGCCUGAGACUAUGCAUCAACCUGCCAUUCAGGAUCAGUACAUGUGUGAUCAGGGGGUUGGAACGCCUUCUCCAGUAACGCUUCAGGAUAUUAUAACUGAUGUUCCAUCCUUAGAGCUCAUUCGAGACAGGAUCAUUCCUCCUAACACACACGGAUUCAUAUCUUCUCAGCAUUUGCACCCAAGUGCUAGAAAACUCGUUAAGCCAUCAACACAGCACAAUGCUGUGCAUUGCAGCCCCAACUUUCUUAAGCAAUCUGUCGCCACUUCCCCUAUUCAAUCAUACAAGGCACAGAUUUCUUACAAUUCUGUGCAACCAGCAGACGUUUAUGAGGGCAGACCCAAUAGGUAUAGAGAACAACCGUCAUCUAUGCACAUCUCAUCUAUUCAAUCUAGUAUGCAGUAA